GCAUACUAGACUUAUCAGAUCCCGAGCCAUCUUUGUAAAACAGCAUCCUUAUACACACUCGUUAGGCUUCUCAAUCCUUGGCAAGAGGGUCACUGUUAUUGCACUACGCCCGACCAAAGUUCCACGCCAACAUUCCUGCAGUUUCCAUUUUUCUUGUCCAUCAUCCAAUUCAACCGUUAUUAUCAAGAUGGUCGCUGUCCAGUUCCUCUUGGGUGCGGCCCUUGCUGCUGCCAGAGUGUCCGCAUCUACAGACCAGUUGCAACUGUUUUCCCGUCUCCUCAAGCGCCAGGAACCCGGUACACCAGCUUACGACUGCCACAACAACUGCGGCCAAGCCAUUAUCGAAGCCCGCCAGAGUGAUGAUGUCUGUACUGACGACAUCUUCCUGACCGACUAUGCCAACUGCCUCCAGUGCUCGGGUCCAGACAACGAAAACAUCUGGCAGUACUACGGCACCACUUUGAAGACCGCUGCCGCCUCCUGCGGCCUGUCCACCACCCCCCUUUCCGGUGAGCAGGACGCCGUCGGUGAGGCUAUCAUCGCGGGGUCUACUUCGACUUCCACGACUGCCGCUGCUGAGACCACGACGACCACUGCUGCUGAGACCACGAGCACCGCCACCACUGAGACAACCGAAACAUCUACUGCCGGAUCUUCCACCGUGGAAUCCACUGCAAGCGCAACCGCGACGGCAACUUCGACUGUGGGUGAAACCUCUAUUACUGUCACUUCUGCCUCCAGCGCCCCGGUCGUUACUUCUGCUACGUACACUGGCACAUACUCUGUGACUGGAACAUACUCUGCCACUGGGACGGGCAAGUACACUGCCACUUCCACGUCUGGUGUCGUGCAGGUGACUGGUGCCGCUAACGCACUGUCCGGCAACACCCUGGGCGUUUUCGGCGCUGUGGUGUUUGGCGCUAUGUAUGCUGUUGCACAGUAAAUGGGG